UGUUUGGUCGGAAAUACAGUUUUAAGAAUGAUUUUUGUAGAUCGUUAUUAUACAAAAAAACAUGAAUGGGUUGUGGUUGAGGGAGAUACAGGAACAGUGGGAAUCAGUGAUUUUGCUCAGGAUGCACUUGGUGAUAUUGUAUAUGCAGAAUUACCUGAAGCCGGAAAAUACUUGCAUAUAGGUGACACUGGUGCUGCAAUAGAAAGUGUAAAGGCAGCAUCGGAUGUUUAUUCACCAAUAUCUGGAACAGUAAAGGAGAAAAAUGUAGAGCUGGAAAAAAAUCCAUCUUUAAUUAAUAAGUCACCUUUUGAUAAAGGUUGGUUAUUUAAACUGAAAGUAAAAAAUGCACACGAGUUAAAAGAUUUGAUGGACGAAGCAGCAUAUGAAGAAUUUAAAAAAAUUGAAGAAAAUGAAUCUGGCACAUGA